AUGCAACAAGCAGUUUGUAUACAAGUCUACCAACAGAGGGAACGCUACGGCAUCUACAGUGGGCUCUGGAUUACAGAAAACGAUGCCAGAUCACAUUACAGCAUCCACCUGUGCAUUCUCAUAAGAGUGAGCGCCGAGCAGGUUGCUGCUCCUUUCCUGGAGGGCUUGGACUGA